AUGAGCGGAAUGGGCGUCUCCAAAUGGCGGACACUGCCUCCGAAGCAUCGAGCUGAGUUUGCCUUUGCUCAGCUCGAGAACGAGAGAUCUCUGACAUCUCUUCGUGACGAGCUAAGGGUAGAUCGUGGGAUUGUUGAUCGGUCUCGGGAUGAGAUAGCUGCUCUUCAGACCCUUGUUGAUGCCCACCAUCGGGAGCACAAGGCUCUCUGCGAGAUGCUUGAGCGCAAGGGCGUUCUUCAUCGGAAGAAGCAGCGUACUGAUGGUACGGCUUAA